AUGGCAGCCUCCCAGCUGGCAGCACUGGAAGGGGUGGAGUCAGGGGCCGGGCAGCUGCCCGUGACCGAGGCCACUCCCAGCUUCCUGUAUUCCGAGGGCCAGAGGCUGGCGCUGGAGGCUCUGCUGAGCCAGGGCGCAGAGGCGUUUGAGGCCUGCGUGCAGCGCGAGGGGCUGCGGCCCUUCCUGAGUGGAGAUGAGCUCCGGGGCCUGGUGGCAGCGGCUGAGGACCGGACAGCAGAGAAGCAGGAGCCUAGCGGGGCAGCAGAAGGAACCACCGCCACCGCUGGGGACUUGGGCCGCCUGACCUACUGGCCCGGACGGUCAGAGGAGCCGGGGCCCGUGCUGCGGCUGGGCUGGCUGGAGGACUCGGCCUGGAAGGCUAUCACCCGGGCACAGCUGUGCACCCAGCCACCUGGCGAGGGCCAACUGUCCCUCAAGGAGCUGGUGCACCAGGAAAUCCAGGCUGCCCACAAGCUGGUGGCCGUGGUCAUGGAUAUCUUCACUGACCCAGACCUGCAACGUGCGGGAAAAGUUUGUGCUGCUGGACGACGAGAGGGUCAUCUCAGGAUCCUACAGCGGACGGGCUCCUCGCGGCCACACGAGGCGGUCCGCACGCAGCCUUUGUUGAUGAUGGGGCUGAUGCCGGGGGCCACCCCGCGGCCCGUGAAGCAGUCCUCGUCAUCGCCACAGCGCAUGUGCGUGCCGGGACAGCUCGUGGAGUCGGUCAGCUCACAGAAGACGCAGUCCUUGAUGCCCCUCGUGCCUGGGGCCAGAGCCGCCGCCAGAAGCAGCAGCCAGCCGAGGACCAUGGUGGCCUGGCGGCGGCGACGGUGCCCCAGCCAGGCCGUAGGCUUCCUGGGCCUCCCGGAACAGCUGAAUGACACGUCCGCAAGCCUCGUACCCCCGGCUCUGGUCUCCCAGGAUCAGCGACUGGGGUGUCCUCGGUUCCCAGCGCCCCGCGUCCCCCUUGGAAGCUCCGUUGUGACCACGGCUCUCCGGUCCUUGGGUCUCAGAAACUCCCCCGGGACGGCGAGGAGCCAGUGGCUGCCGCCCGACAAGACACUUUGUGGGGCGGAAUGGGGUGACCUCACAGACCCCACCCAGGGUUCCCGCUGGCUGCUCCGGGGCUUCACAUGGAGUGACUCACGCCUGCACCGCGGGCUGGUGACCCUGCUGACCGGUGAGAUCGCCGACGCCUUCAGCCGAGAGUUCCGGACACUCUAUGGGGCCUCCUGGCCGCUUCCGCCCGCACCCACCCCGGGUCCCUUUGUCAGAGCCCUGGGGGGGCUGCAGCUGGCCUACAGCCCGCAUCGCGUGGCCCGCCGCUGCUCCGCGGCCCCCCUGUCGCCGCCACCGCUGCCUGAUGGCUCGCUGGCCCAACGCCUGGCCGCCUGCCGAGUGUUCGAGGGGGACAGGCAGGCGACCCUGGCCAAGCCAGGGCCAGCUCUCAGCGACAUCCUGAGGAGUGUACAGCGUGCCCAGACCCCCAGCGGCCCCCUGGCCCAGCCCAGCCACUCCCUAUGGGACCUGAGCCACCUGUCCCAGCUGUCAGGCUCUAGUGACGGUGACAACGAGCUCAAGAAGUCCUGGGGCUCCAAGGACACCCCAGCCAAGGUCCUGAUGAGGCAGCGGGGCGCUGGAGGGGCCCCUGGUGGUGAGGCGGACUCCGGUCCGCUGGUCCGGUCCCAGCCCUGGGGCGGCCCCUUGCCCGGCAUCCCUGCCCGCCGCCUCCACCAUCCGUCCCCGACCCGAAGGCGGUUCGGUGAAGAUGCUGCCUCCAAACUCCCAGAACCCAGAGGCAUCCGGCAGCCAGACCGGGCCGCCCAGCCAGGACUCAGGGGGCGGCGCUGACAGAAGCCAACGCCAAAUGGGGCUGGCCCCGUCCCAAGACGGUCGGGUCGGACAACUGUUGCUCAGAGCCCCCUGCCUCACUGUUGUACCUUGAACAAGGCUUCUGGCCUCAGUGUCUGGGAAGUGGAAGGGAUUUUUUUUUUUUUCUUUUCACUUGUUCUAGAACUUGGGCAAGCGCAGUGCUCACUCUAGACCUCAUUGUCACAGCCUAGAAAAUGGGCAUAAGGUCUCCACUAGCUGGGAUCCUAGAACAGCACACAUCCUGUUCCGGCCGGGUCAGAACUUCUCUGAGGAGAGGCCUGGCUGAGUGGCCCCCAUGCUGGAAUUGCGUGGGGUGAAGACGGGGCGUCCCCGGGGGUGAGGGGAGGCUUCCUGCACCCGCCAUGCUCAGGAGCUGUGGGUCAGCUGAGCUU